AUGUAUCCACUAAGGCACCAAAGAGAAGCGCUUGACUUCAUCUCACAACGAGAAGCACCACAUACGUCUGAGCCUUUCUCGUUGUUCAGACGAUGUAUCGACCCUCGGAAUCGCACAUAUUACGAACAUUCUGUUGCUGGUUGCCGAAGACCAGAAAAACAACCCGAAGACUUUGGAGGGUUGAUCGCCGACGAGAUGGGCCUAGGUAAAACUCUAACAAUGAUCACUGCUAUUGCGACAACAACAGAACAAGCACGUCAGUUUCAAUAUGGUAAUUCUAGGGGCGUAGAAAUGCUAGGCACGAUGAAGAGGACACGGGCUACCCUUGUCAUAUGUCCCGCUGUCCUGCUCAUGGAUGGCUGGCUGGAGGAAGUUUCCAAACAUGUUGCUCCUGGGUUUCUUAAGUGCUCCAAAUAUCACGGCGCUUCUAAAGCCUCUGAGACGGAAAUACUUGACUCAGAUAUAGUUUUGACGACAUACGCUACUCUUAUAACAGAUUCAAGUCGAAAUAGCAUCCUUCAUAGAAUUCAUUGGUUUCGAAUUAUUAUCGACGAAGCUCACUCCAUUCGGCAUCAGCAGACUAAACAGUUCCGCGCCGUAGUGGCCCUUUCAGCCAAGUACCGGUGGUGUCUUACGGGAACACCUAUCCAGAAUGAACUCAAUGAUUUAGGUGCCUUGGUCCGUUUCCUCCGUGUGCCGCAUUUGGAGGGGUUAUCCGACUUUUAUAGCCAUAUUGCCGGACCCGUCGAAAAGCGUAACGCGGAAGGGCUUCAGAGGCUGGGAAACCUUCUGCGGUACCACCGACAAGCCAUCGAUCUAGCAAUUGAGAGAGGAAAUCUCUCAGAUGCCUCUAGCGGUCUAUUCCGUGCUAUUUUACGACUUCGCCUCUUUUGCAACUCUGGUCUCUGUGUUGACUCAGACCUGAUUGGUUCCAACAAAGAUGAAAGUCUCUCACUGCUCGAACAGGGCGACCGAGCAGUGUGCUCGUACUGCUCAUGUGAUGUAAACUCGGUUGGUGAUCGGGGACCAGCUGGCUUUGGCGCGAUUUUAAGCUGCUCGCACCUUCUUUGCCCAGACAUUAUUUUCUCUUCAUGGAAGAAGUCUAUUAAACUUGCUGCGUCAUAUCUUGCAGCCCACAACGUUCCCGUCUGUGUCGUCGAUGGCUCAAUGACGCUUCCUGAACGUCGCUCCAAGAUCCUGCAAUUCCAGCAAGAUUCCAGAGUUCCCGCGCUCCUCAUGACACUUGGAACCGGAGCAGUUGGCUUGAACCUUACAGUGGCCAAUCGCGUCCAUAUCCUUGAGCCGCAAUGGAACCCUUUCAUUGAGAAACAGGCAAUUGGGCGAGUCAUGAGGCUGGGCCAAAAAAAGGAAGUCACAAUCGUGCGAUAUGUAGUCGAGAAUACCGUAGAGCAGGUAUGUGUGUGA